UUUGAUGUCUCUCUGCCACUGCAGGUUCUGGCCAUUAAAGGCAACGUCGAGGCCAUUCCCAUCAUGCUCGUGGGUAACAAGAGUGACGAGACCCAGCGGGAGGUGGACACCAAGGACGGAGAGGCUCAGGCCAACCAGUGGAAGUGCGCCUUCAUGGAGACGUCAGCCAAGACCAACCACAACGUAACUGAGCUCUUUCAGGAGCUUCUCAACCUGGACAAGAAGAGGAACAUGAGCCUCAACAUUGACGGCAAGCGUUCAGGGAAGCAGUCCCGUGCCGAGAGACUGAAGGGCAAGUGCAGCGUGAUGUAAAUCCAGAAAAGGAAAAUGUGAAGAUGAGGAAAGGUGGAAAAGAGAGGAGGCAGAACAGAA